GAGAGACAGAAACGUUCCUCUUAAAGAGAGCUGAUCUUUUGCAAACUUUCGAGGGACGUCCAUAUGUCACCAGUGGAUUAUUUCUUUACCUGGGAGAGAGCACAUUAUAUGCAAGGUUUUACCAGGGUGAAUAUACGUUUUUUAUUUUGCACUUGUACUCGCCAACUGUUCACGAACUGAGUGCAGCUUCCGGAUGUAACUGUUUAUGGUUUGGGUCCUCUUCAGUAUUUCUCCACUCUUCCCGUCUGGUGUUUGAUAACUUCACUGGUUUAUUCGAUACCUGUUUUCAGAAGAAUGAAGCCACCCAGGUAACAAGGGUGAAGACUUUACCAGACCAGAGGAGUUGAGCUCAGAGUCAGAACAGAGGAUUUGAGCUCAGAGUCGCCAGGCCAGAGGAGUUGAGCUCAGAGUCGCCAGGCCAGAGGAGUUGAGCUCAGAGUCGCCAGGCCAGAGGAGUUGAGCUCAGAGUCGCCAGGCCAGAGGAGUUGAGCUCAGAGCAGCCAGACCAGAGGAGUUGAGCUCAAAGCCGCCAGACCAGAGGAGUUGAGCUCUGAGUUCAACAAGAUCACUUCCUGAUGAUGACAGUAAACAUGGAUGACGAGGAGGCUCUGAACUCUAUCAUGAAGGACCUGGCGGCUCUGGGUCGCUGCUACGCCCAGCAGCACGACAGCAGCAGCCACAAACCCAAGCCCAGGACCCUGCUAUACAAACAGGAUUUAAGAGUCAAGCUGGUGCAUGAGAGAGAGAAACGCAUCAUCCUGUUCCAGCGACCUCUGAAGAUCAAGGAGCUGCUCCAGAAGGUCACAGAGGCCUUCGGACAACAGAUGGACCUCUUCUACACAGACAAGGAGCGGCUGGUUCCUCUAAAGAGCCAGGAGGAUGUUGACAGAGCGGUGCUCAACGUGGGCUCUACCAGCCUGCUCAGACUACUGCUGAAAACACCCACCAACAACCCUUUCCUACAGGUGGGCAGCAGGGACAAACAGAGCGAGAUGAGGUCGUCCCGUUCUCUAGGGGAUCUGAAGGGUUGUAUACUCAAGAGCUCAGAGAGGGUCCGCAAACACUCCACAGGUUCCCUCCAUACAGGUCGUAGGUCGCCCCCUCCAGGCUCGGUCCCAGAGGAGCAGCAGCAGAUCGCCAGGCACGGCUCCUACACCUCUAUUCACACUGAGGGAGAGUUUAUACCUGAGGGCCUGGACCAGAAGUUGCUGGAGCCCUUUGGGAGUGCAGACAACGCUCUGUCUAGCAGCUGUCAAUCAAUAGACCAAGCAUUGGACAGCCCUACUUUUUCCCAGAACAACCGAGACAACGACUAUCUGAGCCUCAACCAUGAAGGACACAGAGGGCGCCACAGUAAAGGAGGAACUUUCCCUCGUCAGUUCCACUUGUCCAAUGGCAGCAAAGACUACAGUGAUGGUCGGAGGACGUUCCCUCGGAGCUUCAUGCCUCAGGAGAACCUGUUUCAGCUGGUUCCGUCUAGUCAGACCAGGAGUUACAACGGAGACAGCACUCUGCAGUACAGCGACCUCAGAUCACUGGGACGAGUCACAGAGAACAGCUGCCCCCGCUGGGAAGCACCCAAAUCUCCGCGGGCGCCGGUGAACUGGCGUCAGGGGAAGCUGCUGGGGCGCGGGGCGUUUGGGGAGGUCUACCUCUGUUACGACGCUGACACCGGACGGGAGCUGGCCGCCAAACAGGUGCCCUUUGACCCCGACUGUCAGGAAACCAGCAAGGAGGUGAAUGCUCUGGAGUGUGAGGUCCAGUUGUUGAAGAACCUGCAUCAUGAGCGGAUCGUUCAGUACUACGGCUCUACGAGGGACCUGGAGCAGAGGAAACUCACCAUCUUUGUGGAGUUCAUGCCUGGGGGCUCCAUUAAGGACCAGUUGAAGGCAUACGGGGCGCUGACAGAGAAGGUGACACGGCGUUACACCAGACAGAUCCUCCAGGGUGUCUUCUACCUGCACAGCAACAUGAUCGUACACAGAGAUAUCAAAGGUGCCAACAUCCUGAGAGACUCUACUGGCAACAUAAAGCUGGGGGACUUUGGUGCCAGUAAACGCAUCCAGACCAUCUGUAUGUCAGGAACUGGCAUCAAAUCAGUCACCGGCACACCUUACUGGAUGAGUCCAGAAGUCAUCAACGGAGAAGGAUACGGACGCAAAGCUGAUGUCUGGUCUGUGGCAUGCACGGUGGUGGAAAUGCUUACCCAGAAGCCUCCCUGGGCAGAAUACGAGGCCAUGGCAGCCAUCUUUAAGAUUGCCACGCAGCCCACCAAUCCCCUCCUCCCUGAGGGCGUGUCCGAGUCCGCCCGGGACUUUGUGCGCCAGGUGUUCAUAGAGGAGAAGUGGCGUCCCACGGCCGAGAACCUCCUCUCACACCCCUUCGUCCAGGGGGGGUUCUGACCCUGACCCUUGACCUUUGACCCCUCCCCAGGGCCACCCUGCCUUCCAGGCCUCCAGGGGCCAGAGGACCCCCCACAGCUCCAGUCCUCCAGUCCUCCAGUCCUGCCCCAUAGACCCUCACCAGUCUCUGCCUUCAGAGGGCAUGAUGUGCCCUAGUCUCUCUCAUUAGCCAACUGACCCCAGGCCUGAUCAUAACCUGAGGCCCAGUCUCUCUCCUCCACCAGACAGCUGACCCCAGACCUGAUCAUAACCUGACCCCAGUCUCUCUCCUCCACCAGCUAACUGACCCCAGACCUGAUCAAAAGCUGGUCAAUAGCAGACCACCCAUAAAGGGAGGGCAGACCACUCAUAGCCCUCCACUCUCUCCCAUGCAGCUUUGAAUGCCUUGUUGGAGGGGGUGUCAGCUAGCUACUUAGCUAGUGUUGGUGUGUUUUCUACAUGGUCCGAAGAGGCAGCAGCAAAACCAGAAGGGAGGAUUAUAGUCUCUGAGCUGCAGGCAGAACUCUGGUCUCAGAUCAGAAGGGAGGAUUAUAGUCUCUGAGCUGCAGGCAGAACUCUGGUCUCAGAUCAGAAGGGAGGAUUAUAGUCUCUGAGCUGCAGGCAGAACUCUGGUCUCAGACCUGCCAUGAAAUACAAUCAGCAUCCACAACUAGUCUGACACUUCCUUUUACACUGAUCACCUUUUAUAUUCCACCUGCAUUGUGAUCACUGAUCACCCUUUAUAUUCUAACUGUUAGGUUAAGAGCAAACGAUGAAAAUCCAUCCCAGGGCUGUAAGGUAGUCAGCUAAUGUCCCUGUUGCCUUUGAGUAAUAUUCUGCUUCAAAAAGGGGGAUUGUGAACUAUUUGUUGUAAUACAUUCGAGAUGAACAGUCACCUUAACAGUUGAUGUCUAUAUUUUGACCUGAGAUAUGUAAAUGUAGUUUUUUCUUUGCCAAACGCCUUACAAUGACAAGUUGUAAAAUAGCCUUUUUGUACAUUUACAGAAUGACCCUGUUUCUACAACAUAGCACUCCUUCUAAUUCGGAAAGAGACCAUUGCACUUUUUAUACCAUGUAUUCAGUAGGUGCCCCAAUGCAGGAUAAUCAACAGAGAAAAAUAAAUACUGUAUUUGAAUGAGAGAAAUGUUGGUUAUUCCACUGUUUGGAGAAAAAUACCAAACAUUUGUAUUGUUGUGAAUGGUUACUCAACGUGUAUAAGCAAGCAAUACUCCUACGCUGACCAGUCUGUUCAAAUCCAUGUUUGUGCCAUGUUUCGUUCUAUCCCAGUGUAUUGUUCAUCAGCACAGAACUGUCCAGAGAGAGUUCAGUAAUACUCCUUGCUCUUCCCAGAGUUGGAAACAAAAAUAACCCCCAUCUAGAACUUGGAUUUCUCAGCCAGUGAAUCUCUCCAGUAGCCUGAAAUCCAGAAGCUGUUCUGUGACAACUUUCCACUCCAUGUACUCCGUGCUGUUUGGGAUGACAAGGAGUGGAACGUUGGUGUAGC